CAUCGGGGGUGCGCAGAGGGUUGGUCCGCGCCUGCGCGGCAGCGGCUCGGGGCGGGCCACGUAGGGUGCGCGGCUGCGGGCGUAGCGUGGAGCCGCAGAUGGAGCCUCCCCCCGGCGCAGCAGAGAAUUCUAAGCUGAGACAUGUAGAAAAAGAUGUCUUGAUUCCACAAAUAAUGAGAGACCGAGCUAAGGAGCUGUGUUCUGAUAAAGUGCAAGCAUUUACUAAGUGUUGCAAAGAAACUGGUUUCCUUAUGGUGGUAAAGUGUCGGAAAGAGAACACAGCACUGAAAGAUUGCCUCGUUGGCUACUAUACUGAUCCAUCGUUCAAUGAGGAAUGCAAAGCAGAAUAUUUGAAGCAAAGAGAAGAAUAUAGAGCAACUGGAAUUAAGAAAAAAAGACAAAAGAUUACUUCAAAUGUAUAGUUCAAAUCAACUGUUACAGUUUUAUAUCCAACUUAAUGAUUUGACUUGAUUUAAAGACUUCUUUUAAAUCAUCAGUAUCUCUUGGUAAAAUUCAGCAGCAAAUCAGUAAAAAAAAAUCUUUCUGAAGAUGAAGGUCAACAUUUCUCGUUUUCUGUACUGAAGUUUAUAAUGCAUGCAAUUUCUCUUGCAAACUUUGACAGCAGAAGCCUGCUCCUCCAUCCAGACUUGAAAUUAUUACCAAUUAACGAACAGCCUUUUGAAAUUUAAAGCUUGUAUCUAGUUAUAUGUGGCAAGCUACAUAAAAAUUUAAGGGUGAAUAAAUGUAAACUAUAUUAACAAAUCCUAAA